ACUUAGGAUUUUAAAAUUUUUAAUUUCUUCCGGUCAGAGGGGUAAUAUCGUAAUUUCCAGAAAGGAAAAGAACACCGCUAUAAAUAGUGGCUGUUGAAGUCUUCUUCUCUCUCAAACAAAAUUCAAGAGUCAGCUUCAUCAGAGAAAGUUUCCCCAUUGGUGAAAAUUUGUAAGAGAUGGACAAGGAAAAGGAGCAAACUUUGGAGUGGAACGAAGCUCAGAAGAUAGAGAUAAGCGUUGACCUCUUUGCUGCAGCCAAAAAACAGCUUCUCUUCCUCGGAGCUGUUGAUCGGAACCGUUGUCUCUACGAUGGCCCUGCACUCGACAGAGCCAUCUACAGAUACAAUGCUUAUUGGCUUCCCUUGCUUGCUAAAUACACCGAGUCUUCUUCGAUCUGUGAAGGACCAUUAGUCCCUCCUCUUGACUGUGAAUGGGUUUGGCAUUGCCACAGGCUUACUCCGGUGAGGUAUAAGACUGAUUGUGAGCAAUUCUAUGGGAGAGUUCUUGACAAUUCUGGCGUUAUAUCUUCCGUGAAUGGAAACUACAAAUCACAAACUGAGACUCUAUGGAGAAGAUUGUAUCCUAUGGAGCCUUAUGACCUUGAUUUUGGCAAGGCAAUCUCAGAGCCAGCAGAUAUCUCAGCUCUUGAGAAAUGUACCACUUAUGAUCUUGUUUCAGCUGUCAAGAGACAAAGCCCGUUUUACUACCAGAUUUCAAGAGCUCAUGUAGAUAAUGAUGUCUUUCUACAAGAAGCUGUGGCUAGAUACAAGGCAUUUCUCUACUUGAUCAAGGGUAACCGAGAAAGGUCGAUUAAACUUUUCUGUGUCCCGACUUACGAUAUUGAUCUUAUCUGGCACACACAUCAGCUUCAUGCUCUCUCUUAUUGCAAUGAUUUGACUAAGAUGAUUGGUAAGGUCUUGGAGCAUGAUGAUACAGACUCUGACCGUAGUAAAGGUAAGAAGCUUGAUACUGGUUUCUCUGGAACUACUGCUCAAUGGGAAGAAACAUUUGGUCGAAGGUAUUGGAAAGCCGGUGCUAUGAACCGAGGUAAUACCCCAAAGCCAGUCACAACUUCUCCUUAUGUUUGGUCGGGCAAGAAAUCAACUGUGAAAGAGGAAGAGUCCCAUAAUGUAAUCCAAUUUCCAGAGGUGAAAGUCAUUGAAGUUAUCUUGGAGAUUGUUGGGGUUAAGAAUUUACCAGAUGCACACAAAGGAAAGGUCUUUGUUCUGUUCAGCAAAACUCAACCCGAUUCUCUGUUUAACGCUGAGCGUAGGCUUACCGUUUUAUCUGAGUCUUGUGGGGAAAAGCAAGUUGCUUUGUUUCAGUGUGAGCCUACAGGAGAGCUUAGUUUCCAACUAAUGUCUUCUAAGUCUAAAAGCUUAGGAUUCACUUCUUUAUCGCUUUCGGAGUUUCUGUUUCCAGUUACUAAACUCUCUGUUGAGAAGUGGUUGGAGAUAACACCAACUAAAAGGGGAAAGGCAGAUGAUCCGAAUCCCAUCUCUCUGCGAGUCGCUGUCUCGUUCACCCCGCCAACUCGAAGUCCAACUGUUCUACAUUUGGUUCAAGCAAGACCAUCACUGAAAGGCUCUUGUUUCUUGCCUAUGAUCAGAAAGGUACGUCUUGUUAAGAGCUUUACACGCGUUGUUGAUGAAACUGAAACAGAGGUGAUCAACCUCCAAAUGAGAAACUCCAACGACACAGCACCCAAAGCUGAUAGAAGACAAGUGAUUGGUGUAAAAGAGUGUGGUGAAACUUAUGUUUUGGCAGAGUAUGAUGGCAAUUUCUGGUCUCUGCUUGAUUCAAAAUGGUCACUUAAGCAGACAAGCAAUCCUGCAACAGAUGGUCCUCUGUUUGAGCUUUCGGGUACUCGAAUGGUGAAAGUUUACUCCGGGAGAAAGCUGGAAUAUGAGCCAAAACAUUGCUCAAGGCUAAGAAGCGAGCAAGAUUUCAUGACUGCUGUUGAAUUCUCAAAGCAAUAUCCUUAUGGCAAAGCUGUGGGGUUACUUGAUUUGAAGUUGGGUUCUAUUGAGGCAAAUGAGAAAUGGCUGGUUUUGCCAGGAAUUGUAUCUUCUUUCAUACUCAGUGAUCUUCUUAAGAAGGAAGGCUUUAGUGCAGCUGCAAAAGAAACGGUGAAAGCUAAUGGAAUAACAGAGGAAAAUAAAGAGAUUGACGUUUUGACUCAAGUGAAUCAAGAAGAAGAAACAAUGAUGAAUGUGGACACGACUACUCAAGUUGCUGUAGCGACCGAGAAGAUCACUGGUGGUGCUAGGUGCCUUUCGAAGGAGCUAAGUGGGAACAUGGUUGAAGAAGAAGGUGGUCACUGUGGUGGUUGUGGAGGUUGUGGUGGAUGUGGAGGUGGAGGUGGAUGUGGUGGUGGAGGUAGGUGCGGUGGGAUGACAAAGAUAGAAGGUUGCGGUGGCGGGUCCUGCACUGGCGGUUCCACUGGCUGCGGUAAUUGCGGUGGAGGAUGUGGUAAUAUGAUGAAGAACAAUGCUAAUGGAAAUGCUUCAUCAGUAGAAAACGACGCAGUUACAGCUUGAUUAUUCAAAUAAACAAAAGUGAUAUAUAUUAUAUGGUUAUGUAUUUAUGUGAUGUUAAUAUAUAGAUAUGGUUUAAAAAAAAAAUAAUGAAACUAAUGUGAGAUGUUGUUAAAAAUGUGUUUUAUCA